UAUUGUGAAUAAUGCUGCUGUGGACACCAGUGUACAAAUAUCUCUUAAAGACCCUGUUUUUUAUUCUUUUGAGUGUAUAAUCACAAGUGUAAUUGCUGGAUCAUAUGGUAAUUCUGUGUUUUAUUUGAGAAACUGCCCUGCCCUUUUCUACAGCAGCUGCACCACUUAACAUUUCCCCCAGCAACAGAAAAGGUGGUGGAAAUUUCUCCACGUUCGUUUUUUCUGGCUUUUUUGGAUAGCAGCCAUCCUCACGGUUAUGGAGUAGUAUAUUUGCUGCAUUUCCCUAGUGGUUAGUAGUGUUAAUCUCUACUUUUUGAUGGAGUAUUUAGUAUGAUUAUUAGAGUGUUUGAGUUUAAGUCUACCACCUUCAUGUUUGACUUCUGUUUUUCCAUCUGUUUCUCUAUUCCUCCUUUCCUGCCUUUUAUUUGGUGAAUCCAAGUUUUUAAAAAUUUUGUUUGAUCUUUAUCGACUUUUUAGUUCUGCUCUUUUGUUACUUUUUUAGGGGUUCCUGUAGAGGUUUAAUUUGUCAUGGUCUACCUUAAAAAUUAAUCCUAUACUUCACAAACAAUGUGAGAUCUGUAUACAGAGGGUUCCAGUGACCACCUUCUACUUCUUGUACUCUUGGAGGGAUGUUUUACUUCUUGUGCUAGAAAAUCCUACAACACAAUUUUUGUCUUUAGCUAAUAUUCUUUAAAAAUAGAGGUGUACUAUAUUUAAUUUUUAAAGUCUCAGAUGUCUUUGUUUACUACAUUGAGAAUUUCUGAGUCCAGUGGCUAAGACUGUGCUCCCCCUGCCAAGGGCCUGGGAUCGAUCCCUGGUCAGGGAAUUAAAAUUCUACAAGUCUCUCUGUGCAGCCAAAAUAAAAAAGAGAGAACAUCUGUAGAACUGCACCAUACUUGGCCAGACAUGCUAAAUGUAUUAGUUGAACAUUGUAAAACAAGCAGUGCCCACUGGCUUCAGGAGAAACAUUUGGACCCCAGUUCAGUGUGGUGGGUAGAUAGAUGCUCUGGCACCAGGCCUGGCUGGUCCUCACCCUGCCAUGUACUCGCCAUGUGGUCUUGUGGAAGCCCGUUUUCCCCUCUUUAAAAGGAAUCUAUUGCAGGCAUUGUUGAAAGGGUCCAAUGGGUUAAUAUGAGUGAAGAACUCAGAGUGGUGCUUGGCACACAACAGGUGCUGUAUGAUCUCAAAGUUGUGAAAAUACAUAUCAUAGGAGAAUAAACCUCAGAUGAUUAAUUUGAUCAUCCUUCAGGGAAUGUUUUAGAAAUGAAAGGGGCUACUAAAGUAAUGUUCAGUGUAACUUACUGUUUUAAAUUAAUCUUUUUGCGACUGGAGUCACGUUCUUAAACGAGAAUAGUGUUUGGGCAUCCAUCCCCUGUUUGUUGCCCUGGGGCUGAUUCUUGCCCAGUGGAGACAAGACCGUCGUGGCCAAGCAGUUCUCUCCAUGUGCCCUGCUGCUGACCAGGGGCAGCACGUCGGAAACAGCCUCUGUGCCCACCAUUGGGUUUUUGAAUAAAAAAACCAUGCAGUGCAGUUAGUUGUUCUAGGGUAGAAGAAUUAGCUCCAACAAAGCGACUCUCCCUCAGGUGGCAGUUAUCAACCAAGAACAAACUACAGGAAGCAGCUGCCUGAGGACACCUGAGAAGGGACACGGCAGGCAGGUUCUGAGGGCAGCUUAAACUUAGAGGAAGUGGCAGGCCCAGAGUGUGUUUCCUGUUUGUAAGUCUUAACUUUGAGGGCAGUGUAGUUGCAGGGGCGGUGUGGGGUGGUUAGAACUCGGGUGGAAAGACCACGCCCUUCCUUGUUAGACAGGGGGAGGAGCUGGGCAGAUGCAGCUGCUUCAGAGUAAGAGAAUUCCCAGAAAAAGGAAUUCUGCAAAUAAAUUCUACUCCAAUUUCUGGCCAAGCCCUGAACCAGGCAUACACAGGGCAGGUGGGAAGCCACCUCGACCAAGAGUGAGGCCACCGCUUAUCACAACAUGAUGGUGACGGUUUCCUUUUUGAAUCUAAUGAAAUUAAUUACCUACUAAAUCAUAACCAUAAACUCUCUUCCCUUGCUUCCCUUGUAGCUCUGUAAAGAAUCAGCCUGCACUGCAGGAGACCUGGGCUCGAUUCCUGGGUCAGGAAGAUCCCCUGGAGAAGGAAAUGGCAACCCACUCCAGUAUUCUUGCCUGGAGAAUCCCAUGAACAGAGGGGCCUGGCAGGCUGCAGUCCAUGGGGUCGCAAAAGUCAGACACAACUUAGCGACUAAACCACCACCACCAAAUCAAAACCAUUCCUCUCUUCAGAGGAAUAUAAUUGAAUUCAGAGUCUCUGCAACAUAACAGGUUGCAGAGUCUGUGCAAUCCAAAGUUACUCCACAUACAAAGAGCUGGGGUGCUAUGAACCAUCCUCAAGGGAAAAUCAAUCAACAGACUGUCAUCAUGUAAUGACUCAGGUGUUGGGUGAUCAGACAAGCACUUCAAAGCCAACGGAGUAACUGUGUUCAGUGACGUAAAGGAAAAUACACUCCUAGUGAACAAAAACAUAGGAAUCUCAGCAGAGGGAUAGAAAAUGUUUUUUAAAACCAGUCAAAUGGAAAUUUUAGAAUUGAAAAAUACAACACUUGAAAUAAAACAUUCACUGAAUGGGCAUAAUAGACUGGAAAGGACAAGAAGCAGUCAGAUGGGGGAAAGCAAGAGGAGCCUUAGGGACUCAGAGGGCAGCGACGAGUGUGACGUGCACAGUGACUGUGGGGCCCAGAGAGGAGGUGAGAGGCGCCGUGGGGCAGGAGAAGCGCUCGAAGAACAGACUCGCCCAGUGUGGCGAAAAACAGAGACUUAUAGAUUGAAGAAGCUCAGGGAGUCUCAAACCGGGUGAAUAUGACUAAAACCACACCUGGACACAUCACUUUUAAGUUACUGAACACUUUAAGAUUCGCUUUAAAAAUCUUGAAAGCAGCCAGAGAAAAACAACAGAUUACAUGCACACAGUGCUGCGAACACUAGGAACUUACCAUCAGAGGGCCAGUGGAGUGCUGGAAGAAAGAUAGUCAACCUCCCAGCAUCAUGUGCUAAAUACAGAUAUUUUCAGAAAAAUGAAAGCUGGUAGAAUUUGUUGCCAUCAUCUGUGUACUGUCAGAAAUGCUAAAGGAAGUUUUUCCUGGCUGAAGGUAAAUGAUAUGAGAGUGAAACUCAGAUCUUUAUGCGAGUGAUGAGCGUCAGAAAGAGUAAAUACUUGGGGGAAUGUCUUCUUUAAAGUAUGUAUUUAGGGACUUCCCUGGCAGCCCAGCGAUUACGAUCCCACACUGCCUGUGGAGGGAGCACUAACUCAGUGCCAGACCGGAUAACUAAGGCCCUGCACGCCGCGUGACUCCCCCUCCCCGCCAAAAAAUGGAAAUAUGCAUUUAAAGGAAAAAAAUCAGAACGUGUCUUGAGUUUGUAAUGCACACAGGUGAAAUAUGCAUGAUGGCCUUCACAUGAAGCGCAGUGAGGGGUCCACGGACCUGCAGGUUCUGCUUUGGCGUGUCGUGCUUCAGUGUUCUAAGCAGGCUGUAAAACGGGGUCAGGGCAACAACCAUGAAAUAAUGCAGAGAACCAUAACUAAAGAACUAGAAGGUAAAUUGAAAAGGAACUUAAAAAAAUUCAAAUAAUGUAAAAGAAAGCAGGAAAGAGAGAAGUAAAACACUGGAGAGACAAGCAGAAAACAAAACAGUAGCCUUAAACCCAACCACAGUGUCAUUAUACACUUGCCAAAGCCCAGCAUCAAAAGUGAUCCUGUUCUAAACAUGGACUUGAGGCAAGAGUGAUGUGCCCAUGUAGGUUCAUCAGAGUGCUUUCCUGGGGCAAGAUGUUAAUCAUGGAAGAGGCUCUGCUUGUGUGGGGGCAGCAGGUGUAUGAAACUCUCUCACUUCCUGCAUAGUUUAGCAAUGAGCCAAAACUGUUCUAAAAAAAUAAUCUUUUGUGUAUUAAGACAAAGGAACAAGUAGAAAACAAAUAAUAAAAUGGUAGGCCUGAGUCUAACCACAGUGAUAUUUACAUUAAAUAUUAGUGGACUAAACUCUCCAGUUAAAAGUUAGAAAUGAUAAGAAUGGGUAAUAAGCAAGACCCUAUGACAUGCUGUCUAUGGGAGAUUCACUUUAAACAUAAAAAUCACAAGCUGAAAAUAAGUGGAUGCAAAAUGUGUAUGUAUACAAAUUGCACAAGAAGGCUGGAGUGGCUGUACUAAUUUCAGGUAAAGUAGGUUCAAGAUAGGGAGUAUUACCAAAGAGAACCGGAAAAUUCUAGUGAUAAAGAGGUUGUUUUGUCAGAAAAACAUAUCAGUUACAAAUACACCCAAUAAAGGGAAUAAUAAGCAACUCCACAAUCAUAGGCAAUUUUAACAUCUUUCUCUCACCAGUUGUUAGAACAAAAGACCUAAAGAAAUCAGUGAAGACACAGAGGGUCUGAACGGUACUCCUGGAGUCUUGACCUGAGUGGUGUUUAUAGAGCCACACCCAUCAGAAGCAGAACACAGAUUCCUUCAAGUGCAUGUUCUCUAACGUAGACCAAAUACUGUGCCCUGAAACAAGCUUCCAGGAAAAGUAAAGAAGUAAAGCUGCACUUACUUGCUUAGGACAUGAUUAUUUACGUAGAAGAUGCUAAGAAAUCUGAAAAAAUGCUUAGGAUGGAAAAAAGCAAGAACCAUUAGAGAAAAAAAUGGGUGCAGUUAAUUUUAUGAAAAUGAAACAUUUGUUCUUCUAAAGAGACCCAUAAGAAAAUGAAAAGACAAGUCACAGAAUGGGAGAAAUGUCUGCAGUACACAUACCCGGCAAAGGACAUGUGAAGAGCUAGCACGUAAUAAUAGAAAGACAGCUCAGCCGAACACGGUGGCCCAGAGAUGUGAAUAGACUCAUCACAGGAGAUGUAAGGUGUGUGAGUGGCCCACAAGCAGGACAGAGGUGCUGACCAUAUCUAGUUGCAGAAACAGAUGGGAACAGAGGAGAACCGCCACCCACCUGCCAAUGUGUGAUCACGACCUGGUGUGGCCGGAGCAGGUGAGGCGCUCAGAGCUGCAGAGGCUGCAUGUGGAGCCAUGGCCAGAGAACAGCUGGGCAUUAGCUUCUCAGAGUUACCUUGGCCCAGUGCUUCCAGAUGUUGACCCAAGAAGGAAGGCAAGUGACCAUGCAGGAACAGGCCCAAGAAUGUCCCCGGCAGCGUUAGCCAAAAUGCGGAAACACCCAUGUGGCCAUUGGCAGGGAGUGGGCAGGGGAAGCAUCCUUACAGUGGAUGCCACUGAGUCACAAGAGGGCAAAGUACAGAGGAAUUCAAAGAUCCCCGUGGCCAUGCUGAUGGGCAGGAGCCCAACCCAAGGUGCGUGGAUGGUGCGGUCUUUUCCCCUGAAAUUCCAGGAGACACAGUCCACGUGUAGUGGUGGGGUCUGAGGAGGGGCAGUGUGGUGUGCACACUAUCAGUGGUGUCUGUUAAGAAGCAGAUGGAGGUGUCGGCUGAGCUGAUUCCUGAAUCAAAGGUGGCAGUGUGUGUGUCACACCAGUAGUUGCCACUGAGGGGACUUCACAUCCUAGAGAGGGGCCGGUGCCCCAGGGAAGAGCUGGUGUUUUUAAUGAGAGUACUUGACUCCAGACUAGGGGAGCACCAUCUGCUCCAUCAGCCUGGACUGAACCCAGCACAGAGUGAGCAACAGGACACACCCCAGCCUGGGACCCCUGGGCCCCAGGCCAGUGGACGGAGCCGCUCAUCAUCCCCCAGGCCCAAGUGCGCUCUUUGGGACACACCCUCCCUUGAAACUGAGCUCAUCUUCCUCAUGCACAGCUUCCUCCUACAGCUGUUUUUAUUAAGAGAAAAGUCUUUUUAGAAGUGACUUUUGUGUGUUUGGGACAGAUUAUAAUUGUGGUUCCCACCUGGCAGAAAUUGAUUAAAAAUCCAACUAACGUUUACUUCCAGGGUCGUGCAGGCUAGUGUGUUUCCCUGGUUACUCUAGAGAUGUGGCAGCAUGAGCACUAAAUCACCUGGGCUGUCUCGUUUCGAGUGGUUUCCGUGUUAGGACGUUUACUUGAGGCUGGUGGUCCUAUUUCAUCUGUUUGCUCUCUGGACCCACCGCCCACCAGAAGCUCUUGCCCAGGACUCCCUGUGCCAUCGCCCCAGCUGGAGGUUGCUCACACGCCCUUCUGUGAUGACAGCAGGCUGGGCUCCAGGGUUGUGACACUCUGGAGCCAGCGACCAACCCCCUGACUGCUGAUCGAGGGUGGCGAGGGCCUGAAUGUCUGCGGCCCUCAUCCAAGAGGGCCAGAGCCUGCACUCCGGGACAUGGCGCUCCGGCGUGCCGUCUUCCUGGCUGGCCUCCUGGUGGAAGUUGCUAGCAGAGCCUCAGGAACUGCGCUGGACGUCUUCUUGGAGCUGAAAUGGGGUCUCCACACAGCUGCCCACUGGCACUGGCCAGAGCUAGUGGGAUGGACAGAUGCCCGCUCCAGGCUCAACUUGGCCAGGGUCAGCAGCCUGAGUGCUGUGUGGAUGCGGGGGACAUCAACGCCACCUGCCCAGGCACUAGCCUGUGUGGCCCAGGCUGCUACGGGCGCCCGACCGAGGAUGGGAGUGUCAGCUGCGUCCAGUGCAGGAACGGAACCCACAACAGCUCUGAGUGCAGAGGCCUUGCCAGCCGAGGUGCACAGUUCCCUGUGAACAAGAGCGCAGGGAUGCCUGGGUGGCAGAGUGUUGGGGGCCCUCAGGUGGCCGCCUCCCUCUUCCUGGGGACGUUUCUCAUCAGCUCGGGCCUCAUCCUCUCCGUGGCUGCAUUCUUCUACCUCAAGCGAGCCAGCAAGCUGCCCAAGGUCUUCUAUGGAAGAAACAGAGCUCCCGCCCUGCAGCCUGGCGAAGCCGCCGUGAUGAUUCCCCCACCUCAGUCCUCAGUGCGGAAGCCGCGCUACGUCCGGCGUGAGCGGCCCUUGGACAGGGAUGUGGGCCCCACCACUGUCUCCUCUGUGGAGGCCCGGGUGAGCAACGUCUGACUCCAAGGUCCACCCACAGCUCCACGCACCGCAGAGGAGGGGCCCCCAUGCACAAAGGCUGGGUGCUGCCCAGCGAGGCCUUGGGAUGGGCCCAGACAUGGCCCUGGCUUGGCUUGUCUGAUUCCAGCCACAUAUGCAAAGGGGGAGCCACCCACCUGCAGGGCUUCCUCACCGCACGUGGCACUCAGUGUGACCAACCUGGGGCAUCACUCCAGCCUCUGCCCCUGAGCCCAGGUGGGGAGCCAGGCACAUGGGGUCUGGGCCCCAUGGGAGAGACAGCCUGCAUGACCCCGGGUGCUCCUCUGCCCUGGAGCCCAUGGUGAGCAGAUACGUUGCAUCCUCUCUGAGAGCUGUGAGUCCCAGGCCUUUGAGGUUCCAGCUGCGUCCACAUGGAGGUGGGACCUGGGGACCGCCCGCCCACCCCAGGCUCAGGCACCACAGGCUGUGCUGCAUUGCUGCCCAGUCCCAGGAGCUGCAGGACUGAGCUGCUUGGCUUCCUGCUGACUCCUGUCUGUGUUUAAGCAGAAAUGCAUUUUGUACAGAAGUCCAAGAGGCACGCUGCCCUCAUCUGAGCUCUGCCUGGGCCCCAGGCGCUACAGGUCCUCAUCCACCUGGGGAUGGAUACUGGCCUGAAACUGCUGGAGGUCAAGGUCCCCCAGGGAUGUGUCCAUCCAGGGCCACAUUUACCUGUGACUGCUGCCUGGAAGCCUGGACUGGCUCAUCACGCCAGCCUCCCAAGGACCUCGCUGGCUGGCAGUCCUGUCUGGCUGCCCCCACUCUGAGGCACCAGCCAAGGUUCCCGUGGAGACUGGAGUGUUGGGGCACCCGCUGCAUGUGGGUGGAGUGUGGCCUGGCCUCCCCAGAAUCUCUACUGGGACUGCUGUCUCCUCCUUCAGGAUCUGGUCCGAGUCCGUGCCGCCCAAGGCAGGGCCUGUGUGGCCAGCCUCCCAGCUUCUGCACCGUGAUUCCCACUGGAGCCUUUGCAGUUUCUGGACAUGAGCUCGGUCACCAGGACAUGAACAGAUGACUAGCUGGUGGCCAUGAGGGGCAACCACCUGAAAUUAGCGUCAAUAAACCACUCAGGCCUUUC